AUGACAAAAUCAAACUCCAUUUAUUUUCCGACACUUUUUCUUCUUCUAGCAAUCACCUUCUCUUCCAUCACCUCCUCUCGAAUUCUAGUUGAGGAAGUAGCUCCAGUCUUCUCUGCUAACUCACCGGAGGCACCUGAUUCUGUUCAAAACCCUAACCCUAAUGCAACACCUUUAGGAGCCAUCCCACCUAGUACUGUGGCUUCUACUGGUGCAGCUGGAGGUGUAGAAGGUGGUGAUCAUACUCUCAUGUUCUUCAUGCACGACAUUCUCGGAGGAUCUAACCCCUCAGCUAAAGCUGUCACUGGUAUCGUAACUAACCCUACUGUUAAUGGUCAAGUUCCCUUCGCAAAACCCAAUGGAGCUAACCUUCCUGUCAACAAUGGGGUUCCUCAAGACAAUGGCAACAGUGGAAUCAUCAACAACAAUAACAUCCCUUUCCUCACUGGCCUAGGAGGAACCACUUCUAAUGUUUUCCGCAACAACGGAAAUAAUAACAAUAACAACUUCAACAACGCGUUCCCCUCCAUCAAUGGUGGCCAGUUACCUCAAGGCAACGCCCUACGACAGCUUAUGUUUGGGACUUUGAUGGUGAUAGAUGAUGAGCUAACUGAGGGACAUGAGCUGGGGUCUGGAUUAAUUGGAAAGGCACAAGGUUUCUAUGUCUCGAGCUCCAUUGAUGGCAACAGCCAGACAAUGGCGUUUACUGUGAUGUUUAUGCAUGGAAGUUAUAUUGACAGUCUUAGCUUCAUGGGGGUUCACCGGAGUGCUGUGGCGGAGUCUCAGCUUGCUGUCAUGGGUGGAACCGGGAAGUAUUUGAAUGCCAAGGGGCAUGCUGUGGUGAAGACAUUUGAAGGCACGAACCAGCAGAACAAUGAUGGUGUAGAGACUCUACUUCAAGUCGCUGUGUAUCUUACAUAUUGA